GAGGAGGAUGCCUUGGUAGAGAGCACAGCAGGUGGUCACGCAGGAGGAAAUUCGAGUUCUGCUUCGGCAGCAGGUGCUCCUGCUGGUUUUGGAGCGACAGGAGGAGUGUCACGUAUGGGAGCCCAGGGAAGGAAGGGGAGGGGAUUGCAGAUUCCCCUCCGCAACGCUAGCGUCGCAGACGAGGUCGACAGGCACUUCGCGGACACCGGGUUCUGCCAAAAGCUGGUGCACAAAAUGACGGACCAAAACCAUUUCCACAUCUUGGAUUGCUGCUAUCAUCCAGAGAGGAUUUUGAUUUCGAUUUUGUGUACGAAUCGCAGAGUAGCGCAGUUUUCCUUACUCUACCGUGGCAACAUCGAACAAGACAUGAGGGAUCGUGGAAUUGAAACGAGGAUUUCCCAAGAAUCCGAAUUUCACGUCAGUCACGAUUUCGACUCUAUCCGCUUUUGUCCUGGGAUAACGUACGCAAAAGACGUUUUUUUGUUGCUUUCUGCGGCGAAUGGGCAUUUGAAUUUCUACCAAUUUAGUGGAGAAACGCCAGACGGAUAUCCUUUCACGAAGACACGGCCAAUUUUCGUGAAUAAUACAGUGCACAAGGCAAAAAUAACUGGAUACGUGGAGAUGCCGGCUUCGUCGGCGUUCUUGACGUCAAGUCGCGACGGACACAUCUGCUUGUGGGAUUGUACUUUUCGUUGUUCGCUUCGAUGCGUACCAUUUCUAUUGUAUUAAUUUCCUUGUUUUCAUACCCAAAGAACUAAUGAAUAACUCACUCUCUGUCGUGUCUGUCUACUCUCGCUCUCAUUAGGCUAGGAGUACUAAAUGGGACACCAUGAUGAUGACCACCUCAAAAAAGAAGACUCACACCCUUACCUCAUCUUCUCUUUCCACCACUGCUUUCACCAGCCCGAACCCUUGUCGCAGACGUGAAGCUGGAUACUGGUUACACUCAUGUGGGUUGUGCCUCCAUGUGCCUGUCGACCAGUGGAAUAAACCUUGCUACUUGUUGGGCUGGCUACAACAUCAUUUAUGAGCACGAAGCCGGAUAUAGCUUUUUCCGUUGUUGUAUCAUGUUCAAAUUUUUCAUUCAUGAUCAAUAGAGGCUCGCUAAGUAGAAUUAGAAACUCUCCUGAAAACAAAGAAAAGAUGAAUACACGCCCAUCCUCCUUUCUCCUUCAUCCCCUCCCGGUCUGGAACAUGGAGCGGGGCGUUUUCCGCGGCCUCAGGACGAAUCUAGUCCAGCAUGAGCAUCCCGUAGUAAAGGUGAAAUACUUCGAGAAAGCGCUGUUCACUCUGGAUGAGCAGAGUCAUGUCGUCAUGUGGGAUGCUGAAGAAUUCCUAGUCCUGCAACUCUUUGGCGGCUUUCCGGUACAUGCUACUGAUGUCGUCUGCACUG